AUGUUCCGCACCGCCCCUCGUAUGGCCGGAUUCGUGUUCCGCGAGAACCGUGUCCCCUUCUACCAGCGUCUUUUCCAGCAGCACGACGGCAAGCGUCAGUGGUGGAAGACCGACCGCAGCCCCUACGUCAUGUACCCCUACCUCCUCUCCGUCUACGGCCUGGGUCUUGCUACCACCUACGCCAUGGGCCGUAUGGUUUUUGGCCACAAGACCUGGUUCGGCAAGAACUAG